GGCUCCAGACGCGCAGGCUCAGCGGCCAUGGCUCACGGGCCUAGCCACUCCAAGGCAUGUGGGAUCUUCCCAGACCGGGGCACGAACCCAUGUCCUCUGCAUCGGCAGGCGGAUUCUCAACCACUGCGCCACCAGGGAAGCCCUGAUCAAAUGUUUUGAAACUCUUAGGCUGGAGGACAUAUCCACAAUAACUUGGGCCAGUGUCAUUUGAGGAUGUGACUAUGGGCUUCACUCAGGAGGAGUGGCAGCACCUGGACCCUGCUCAGAGGACCCUGGACAGGGACGUGAUGCUGAAGAACUAUAGCCACCUCAUCUCAGUGGGGUAUUGUGUUACCAAACCAGAGGUGAUUUUCAAAUUGGAGCAAGAAGAGCCAUGGAUGUUAGAGGAAGAGUCCCAAAGUCAGAGCCACCCAGGUGAGUUAGUGAGCAUAGACUAUUGCAUUGACUUUGACCUGAUGGAGAAGAGCCAGGGAAAGGAAGACUAGCAUUGGUGGAAAGUUGAUUUUGUCAACAACAAAACACCGACUAAAGAGAGAAAUAGUGUAUUAGGAAAAACAUUUUCUCUGGAUACAAACUCUAUUUUAUCAAGAAAAAUACCUGGUAAAUAUGACUCAUAUGGAAUGAAUUUGGAUUCUCUUUCAGAAUUAAUCAUUAGUAAUAGACACUCCUUUGUAAGGCAGCUUAAUGAAUUUAAUACACAUGGGAAAUUACUCCUCUGUACAAAGCACAGUCAUUCUAGAGAGAAAUCUUUAGAAUGUGAUAGAACUGGAAAAGCCAUUAGUCAAAAUGAGGACAUAUUUCAGCAUCAAGAUACUCAAACUCUGAAGCUUUCUUCUGAAUAUAAUGAAUGUGGGAAAGCCUUCAAUGAGGGGGCAACUUUCAUUACCCAUAAGAGAGCAAGCUCAUGGGAGAAGCCCUGUGGAUGUAAUGAACAUGUCAAAGCCUUUUCUGAUAGACCAACAUUCACUGUUCAUCAGGGAACUCAUACAAGGGAGAAUCUCUAUGAAUUGAAUGACUGUGGGAGGUGGUCUGUUGGUGAGAAGUCCACUUUAAAUAAGCACUAUGGAGUUAUCAUGGGGAAGAGAUACUAUGAGUGUAUUGAAAGUGAAUAGUUUCAGAAAAAAGUCACUUCUUCAGCGAAUUUAUAAAGGAGAGAAAACCUUUAACUGUUAUGAAGAUUGGGAAGUAUUCUGCAAGAACCCAAAUUUCAUUCAGCAUCAAGAAACACAUAUAAGGAAAGAAGUCUAUAAAAUUAAUCAGUAUGCUACUGCAUUUUAUAAGAAGCCAAAGCUUCCUACAUAUCAGAAAACAGAUGUAAGAGAAAAACUCUAUGAAUGUAGUGAAUGUGGGAAAACCUUCAGCCAUAAGUCGUCUCUUAUCCUACAUCAGAGGAUACACAGGGGGAGAAAUGCUAUGAAUGCACCAAAUGUGGGAAAACCUUUGGGUAUAGGUCAGGCCUCGCAGUACAUCAGAGAACACACACAGGGGAGAAACCCUAUUAAUGUAAUGAAUGUGGAAAAAAUUUCUGUGAGAAGUCAAAUCUCCAUGUACAUCAGCAGACACAGAGAGGGGAGAAACCCUAUGAGUGUAAUGAAUGUCAGAAUGCCUUCAGUGAUAGGUCAGCUCUCACAGUACAUAAGGGAAUACAUACCGGGGAGAAACCCUAUGAAUGUAAGGAAUUUCUCCCAGAAGCCAAACUUCAUUAAUCACCAGAGGACUCACACAGGAGAGAAACCCUAUGGAUGUCACAAAUGUGGAAAAUCCUUCUCUUUGAAGUCAAAACUGAGGGAACAUCAGAGAACACACACAGGAGAGAAGGCUUAUAAAUGUAAUGAGUGUGGGAAAACUUUCUACCAUAAGUCAUCCCUCACAGUACAUCAGAGAACCCACACAGGGGAGAAACCCUAUGAAUGUAACCAACGUGGGAAAACCUUCUACCAGAGUCAUUCCUCACAACACAUCAGAGAACACACUAGGGAGAAACACUACAGGUGUAAUGGAACCUUUCACCAGCAUCUUGAUUUCAGUAAACAGCAGAGAAACAGCACUAAGAAGAAACCUCUGUCAACAUCCUGAAACCUUCAUCCUCUUGUUGGACUCAUUGCAUAGCAGAAACAACCUGGGGCUGAGAUGGGGGACCCAGUAUAUAUGAGAAAUCUUUUGCCUAGAAGUGACAUUUCAUUGAGUAGCAAAUAAUUAAUAUUUGAUAACUUUAUUAAUAUUUUGAAGAUGUUACAGUGUCAAAAAAAGUUUAAAAAGGAGGCCUUUUCUUUUGCAGAAUAUGUAUA